UUGGUAGGAUUUUGCCGGCUGCGGUUGUCAGCCAUGAUUGAUUGUCAGAUUUUUGUUUACAUUCUCGGUUUUGGUUGUUUUCUCUGUGAAAAACUAGGAAUUGGUUAAAAAUAAGACAUGUUGGACGGUUGGUAUUGUCGCACGAUGGCUAAUCAGCAAGCCUCGAUGGAGCAGGGCGAGAUGAAUGACAUCGAGGAGGGCUCCAGCGACGAGGAGAGCGUGCAGCAAGCGGUGGACUUCAAGGCUCAGUAUCAGAUCCUGAAGAAGAAGUUCAAAUUCCUCAUUUACGAGAAUGAGUUCCUGCAGGAUUCGCUGCGGAUCACACAGAGGCGCUUCUUGAAGGCGUCACGAGACAAAUCAUUCCUGCUGGACAAACUUCUUCAGUACGAAAAGACUGAACUCACGUCGUCUGAGAGUGACGAGACGGAGACGUCGGAGGACGAGACUGGGCGGUCGGAUCAGGUGAAGAGGAAGAAGAUGGACGGAAUGGGCGGCGUGAGCAACUCCAUUCAGUCCCGGAACAGCAAUGCGCAGCCCAAGAGGAAGAAACCCGUGGCCAAGAAGCCUCAAGUGCACAUCUCCACGCCCAAUCUCUCCUCCGAUGGACACAUGACGGCGGAGGAGAUCGAGAGGCACCUCCAGUCGCGGCAUUCGCUGAUGGAAUUGCUCCCGGAAAGGGCUCCGCCGACAGUUCCCCACGAAAUGUUCAGCAACGAGCCCUCCCUUGACAGUGAAUCCAAUGAGUGUGGAAUUGAGACAUCGCCCAGCAAUAUUGGGGACAUAGAUUAAAUACCGCAGAAGGUGAAAUAAAUGUGAAAAUGUGUGAAA